UCACCUCCUCGUUCCCUGCAGCAAUGAGGCUAGAGAGCAUGUCCACCGUGAUUCCUGCCAUUACCCUCAACAACGGAGCAGAGAUGCCCUUCGUGGGUCUGGGGACAUGGAGGGCCGAGGCAGGACACGUCAUCGAGGCGGUAAAAUUGGCCAUAACCGAGGGUUACCGGCACAUCGAUGCCGCAUAUGUGUACCAGAAUGAGGAGGAGGUUGGCGCUGGGAUUCACGCUGUGAUUGAGCAAGGACAUGUGGAAAGGGAAGAGCUAUUCAUCGUCAGUAAGUUAUGGUGCACCUUCCACCUUCCAUCUCUGGUAAGAAGGGCCUGCGAGAAGACUCUCAGCAACCUAAAACUGGACUACCUGGACCUGUAUCUCAUGCACUUCCCUAUGGGCGUCAAGGCCGGGGAUGAUCUUUUCCCCCUGGAUGAACACGAGCAGGUCAUUCCCGACGGCAGCAGCUUCCUCGACACUUGGGAGGCUAUGGAGGAGCUAGUGGACGCUGGCUUAGUCAAGGCUAUCGGUGUGUCAAACUUUAACAAGCAUCAAAUUGAGGCCUUACUCAACAAGCCCGGCCUCAAGUACAAGCCGGCCCUAAACCAGAUCGAGUGUCACCCAUUCCUGACCCAGGAGAAGCUGAUCAAUUACUGCAAAUCAAAGGGCAUCUCUGUCACAGCUUACAGCCCCCUAGGUUCCCCAGACAGACCAUGGGCAUUUUCAGAUGAGCCGUCGCUCUUGGAGGAAGCUAAAGUCAAGGAAAUUGCUAAAAAGUACAAAAAGACUGCAGCACAGGUUCUCAUCAGGUUCCAUAUUCAGCGUAAUGUGACCGUCAUCGCCAAGUCAGUGACGCCCCACCGAAUCAAGCAGAACCUCCAGGUGUUUGACUUUGCACUGAAUGAAGAGGACAUGAAGUGCCUGCUGAGUUUAAACAGAAAUUGGAGAGGCUUCCCCAUGUUAUGGGCCUCAAAACACACAGACUAUCCACUGAAUACUGAAUAUUAACCCACUCAUCAAUUUCACUUACAUAGAUUAAUAGCUUAUUUGAUUGUAUCAUAGCUGUUUGCCUGCAGAAGGUGGGUGAAGUAUUUAUCUUAUAUUCGUGAAAUUGAUAUUCAAUUCAUGUGUUUUGUUAUUGUUUUGUUCCUGGUAUUGUGAUGUGUUUCUAUCAUCUUUCAAUAAUAAAAUAAACC